UAUUUUAUAUUUUUGUGUCAUGUAAAAAUUUAUUUCAAUCUGCAAUUUUGACAGUUCUUUCACAUAACAGGCAAGAUGUGUUAUUUUUAGAGAAUUCGAUGAAAAUAAUUGAUUUUUAUACACUGCCUUUCUUCUAGCUGACAUUUAAAGGGAUGACCGGUGAAAUUAAAUUUGAUAAAGACGGAUACAGAAGAAAUUUUACCUUGGAUAUCGUGGAAUUAAAACCCGGUGGCUUAAAAAAAGUUGGAAUAUGGUCAUCAUCAUCCGGAGUAUCUUUUUCUAAUAAUUAUGUUUCUGUGUUAAAGGAGGCAAUGCUCUCUCUCAAAAAUAAAACAUUAAAAGUGACUACUUUAAUAACUAAACCGUACGUGAUGCUCAAGCAAUCAGAAAAAAAACUGAUGGGAAAUGAUCAAUACGAAGGAUAUUGUGUUGAUAUUAUAUUCGAACUAUCCAGAAUUCUUGGAUUUAAAUAUGAAUUUCAUUUAGUGAGAGAUCGAGUUCACGGUGUAAUGAAUGAAAAGAAAGAAUGGAACGGUAUGAUACGCGAAUUGAUCGACAGAGUAAGUUGUCUUCAAACAUAAUACUGUAAUACUUUCAAUUUAAACUGUCUGUUUCUGUUGAGUACAUCGAAAACUUUUUCUUUUCCCUCUUUUAACAGUGUUGUUUAUAAAAAAAAAGAAUAAAAAACAUUUCAGACAAUUUAAUCGAAUUCUUUCUUUCGAUUUGACGAAACUUGGAUUGAAACAUCGAUUUUUCUUUAUUAUUUGGCCACAGUGAUACAGUUUAAAUUAAACGCGAGAAAAUGUAUUAAAAAUCGAAUCUAAAGUUUUUCCAUAUAAUAUAAAUGUUUAAUGUAGAAUUUUAAGAGCGAGAAAGGAAAAAGUGAUAUAAUA